CUUGUACUAGCUAGUAGUCUUGUUGGUUUGAUAGUGGUGAAAAGGCUUCUUGAUGACCCUUCUCCCGUUCCAGCAGUGUUCACAAUAAUUGCGGAAGCCGGAGAAUUGAUUUGAUGCGGGAUCAUCGUGUAAAUCGUUUUUCGUAACUAUCUGUAAUGGUAUCUUUAAUACUUAUAUUUCCUGUUUCAAAACUGACAUGGCAAGGCCACUUUCCGCUUUGAGGCUUCCUUUCAUUCUGCAGCGUUGGUGAUCAGAGAGGAGACUGCAAUGAAAGAGCUAAUGAAAGAAUGAAAGCUUGGCAGGAAGCACGAAAGGCUCACAAUCCCACAAUCAAUUUUUUCAACUAACUUUGUUGAUCCAUUCAACCGACUGUUGCUCGAACAGGAAUUCACAAAGGAAGCCUUUUGCCACGAUGUUGUCCAUGCUCUCAGGUCCCGACCCAGCGGCUGCAUCCGUCGGAUGCAGCCUGUCUCCCAAGCCCAGCCUCUCACCCAAGGGUCCAUCGACUCCCAAGGCAAACCGCAUCAAGAAUAUAAUGACGCUCAAUUCGAUGGAAGAUCUGCAGCUUGCAAUGGAAGAAUCUUGCCUGGAGGCGGGAAACGAUCCCAAGAAACGCAGCAGCAGCGGUAGCCGCCGUAAGAAUGGCCUUUCUCGCAAUGGAAGCUCUCGAAAUCUUACUCGGGGUGGAAGCUCUCGAAAUGUGUCUCGUACAUGCAGUGCAAGCUCUCAAAAAGUGUCUCGUACAUGCAGUGCUGGUUCUCGGAAUGUGUCUCGUACAUGCAGUACAAGUUCUCGAACUCCUGGCAAAUACUCUGAGGGCAAGAAUGGCAAGGGACGCAGCAGUUUGUCCCGCAGUGGUAGUUCUCGAAGCUUGAAGAGUUCGUCUAGAGGUGGGAGUCAUUCCAGUCUCGCAGACCUCGCUUCCGGAGUGGGCAAAGGUGUUGUUCAUGGGUUGGAAAACGUGAGCAACGCAACUUGGGGUGGCCUGGAAACCAUGGGUGUGGUCGAUAAUGGACCCACCAUGCAAGAUCACUUGUCCGACAUUGAAGCUUUCUGCCGCGUUUUGAAGGACACCAAGCGUGAUGCUCGGGAUCAACUUCUCAGGGAUGCGAUGAUUCAAAAAGCCGCAAGUGGGAAAAGAUCCUCCAAAUCAUCCAACAAGAACCAAGGACCAAGCAAUCACUGAACAAGCAGAAGGCGCAGUACAUUUCCUCGGUGCGUUCGUCUUCAAGUGCACAUCUGGACAUCACCGUUUUAUUAGAGAAGUAGAAAUUUUCCUCCACAACACAGAGCACACUAUAAACUUUGCCAUCUGACUAAUCUUGCAUUCCCUAGCUAGAUAGAGGCAGGUAUCAAAGAGGUUUGGUUGCCCUUUUCUUCGAGAG